GCGCGCGCUUCCUCCGAUAGUUCGUUGAAACAAAUUCUACGAAUUCUUCUCGCGGGAUUUGAAUAUUCAUGAAGGCGCGACUUGAAUGUAGCCGGUUCAAAACAUUGAGCACACGGCUCCGCUGAUUGACACGGCUGAUUGGACAGUGAGGGCGUAGUGGGCGGGGCUGCGUUAGAUCGCUUUAAAUAAGGAACAAAACACUGUAGUAGAGCAGCGAAGGCGGUCAACAGAGACGGAGCGGGUUACCAGGGUUUUGACUCUUCUGUGAACGCGUUUCCACCGCAUUAACCAGGAGUAAAUAUAUUUAAAGGACUUUUUCUUUGACUUUUCUGGGAUUUUAAAACCAUAACGCUUUAAUCGGUUAAAGACGGAAAAUCAUCAUUAAAAAUCUGAAGAGCUAUUCCGCCCCCAGAAGAAUGGACUUUUAUUAACUUCAACUAGACGGAACACUUUAUAAAAUGCUGGAUAAGAGAGCCAUGGAGUUCGACUUGGAGGAAGAAGUCCGAGGAAAGAACGUGAAGGAGCCCUUCCUCAGUCAGUAUCGCUGCGGUCCUCUCCUCGGCAGCGGAGGUUUCGGCUCCGUGUUUUCAGGCCAGAGGCUCUCCGAUGGACUACAGGUUGCCAUUAAGCAAAUUGCCGUUGACAGAGUUCAAAAGUGGACCAGACUGCCAGAUGAGGUCAAUCCUGUUCCGAUGGAGAUUGCUCUGCUGCAGCAGCUGUCAGAGGACGGGGGCCACCCUGGGGUCAUCCGCAUGCUGGACUGGUUCGAGGUGGAGGGGCGGGGCUUCCUGCUGGUGAUGGAGAGGCCGCCGCACUGCCAGGAUUUGUUCGACUUCAUCACGGAGAGAGGAGCGCUGUCAGAAAGCCUCGCACUCAGGAUUUUCCAUCAGGUGGUCGAAGCGCUUCGAUUCAUUCACUCCCACAGCGUCGUGCACCUGGACAUCAAAGACGAGAACAUAGUGAUAGACACGAGAACGAUGGAUAUCAAGAUCAUAGACUUCGGGUCGGGGGCGGUGCUUAAGGACACGCCGUACAGAGAGUUUCAAGGGCUCCCCCUACAGGACGGAGGUCACAUAAGUAAUCACAACGGAGCUGCUGCUGUGAUGGAAGUUGCUGAUCUGCAGCUCUUCUGAUAAUCUUUCGGGUUGUUUGAAUCGACUCUGAGGACGACAAACACUGACUUUAUUUAUUUUAUUAUUUUUAUUUUAUUUUUAUGUGCCACAGAAGAAAUUCGACACAAACACCUGCUGUUACUUUACACCGUGAAGCUGAGUUUUUUGAGGUGAUACUGCUUCACUUUAAUCUUAACACUGUUUUCAAAGGAAAUUCAGCCUCUUUAUUUUAAUUUGUUUUGUUUUUUUUAAGCUGAAACCUGCAAGCUGUGACUUUUUUCAAUCACGCUUCAGGUCACUGAGUCACUCUCAGUUUCAGCUUCGAUUUAUCAGUAAAAUGAAAAUUCUGUGUUUUUAAUAUGGAAAAAAGACUUUUUCAUUUUCUGAUGUGAAGGUGGGGAUUUUUUUUUUUUCCCCACGUCCUGUUUUUGUUGCGGAUGUGCUGCCUCUGUAGAUACUUAUGUAUUCGGUUUUUCUAUGGUGAAAAGAAGAGAAAGUGAGUCAUCGGGGUCACUUGGUUCAGUUUAUUUACAUUAAAUAGAGAGUUUGGAUCAAAAGCAAAACAAAACCGAUCCAACGUUUGAAUAAAAGAUUCAUUCAUUUCA